CUCGUCCACAUUCGUCUCUUUGACCGAGUGUCUAACACGUUUUCAGCCAAAUUAGCGCUCUUUGACUUCUAUCCCAAUAAGUCGCUCGUCUUUUCACCCACAUCCCAUUCUUUCUCAUUCUGAAUGAGGAAUAAAUAAAGAUCGAAUUAUUCAUGUCUGAACCACCUUCAGGGGAUUCUGCCGGAGCGGGAGGUUAUGGAGCCUUUUACCCGGCGGGAUACCAGACGUUUCACCCGGAGGAGCACGGCCUAGACCGCGGCUUCCGACUGACGGCCUUCUCUGAUCUGAAAGGAUGAGGGUGCAAAGUCCCGCAGGAGGCUCUGCUCAAACUCCUGCAGGGACUGGAGCCUGACCGCCCGCCCGGAAAGGAGGGCGGUUCGGGCUCGGGGGCUGGAGACGAGACCGCUGAAUUCGGCCAACUUGUUUCAGCAUCACAGGGUCCCAGACUAGGUAUAGGAAUGGACUCGUGUGUCAUCCCUCUGAGACAUGGAGGUUUGUCCCUGGUUCAAACCACAGAUUUCUUCUAUCCUUUAGUGGAGGAUCCCUACAUGAUGGGCCGAAUUGCCUGUGCGAAUGUGCUGAGUGAUCUUUAUGCCAUGGGCAUCACGGAGUGCGAUAACAUGCUUAUGCUUCUUAGCAUCAGUCAGAAGAUGAAUGAGAAGGAGAGAGAGCAGGUGAUGCCUUUGAUGAUGAAGGGCUUCCGGGAUGCGGCCGAGGAGGGCGGGACUUCAGUAACUGGAGGACAAACAGUCAUCAAUCCCUGGAUCAUAAUCGGAGGGGUGGCCUCAGUUGUGUGCCAGCCCAGUGACUUCAUCAUGCCUGACAGUGCUGUACCAGGAGAUGUGUUGGUUCUUACAAAGCCUCUAGGAACUCAAGUAGCAGUGAAUGCACAUCAGUGGAUGGAUAUACCAGAGAAAUGGAACAAGAUAAAGCUGGUGAUCACCAAAGAAGAGGUGGAGCAUGCUUACCAGGAGGCCAUGCUCAACAUGGCCACCCUCAAUCACACUGCUGCUGCCUUAAUGCACAAAUUUAAUGCACACGCUGCCACAGACAUCACAGGCUUUGGGAUCAUUGGACAUGCCUGUAAUCUCGCCCAGCAGCAGCGAAAUGAUGUCGCCUUUGUCAUUCACAACCUUCCUAUUAUUGCUAAAAUGGCCGCAGUGAGCAAAGCUUGCGGCAACUUGUUUGGACUUUUGCAAGGAACCUCAUCUGAAACAUCAGGUGGUUUGUUGAUCUGCUUGCCACGGGAGCAAGCGGCUCGAUUCUGCGCCGAGAUGAAGUCUAGUCGUUUGGGUUUUUCAGGAGCACUGGGGCAGGAUGGCGGGCCAGGCGAUGGGCAACAGGCGUGGAUCAUCGGCAUAGUGGAGAAGGGUAAUCGCUGCGCCCGCAUUAUUGACAAACCUCGAAUCAUAGAGGUGCCGUACCGCGGGUCUGUGAUUGGCACACAGGAGAGCAGCAACAACAAUGCGAGUCCUCAUGAGGUGCAGUUGACAUAACUCUGCACAACUGUGAAGGGACUAUAAUCAUAAAUCAUCAUUCUGUUCUUUAAUUUUCUCCUGUCUCAUUGGUGGGCUUGAUAGAUUUUUGUGUUUGUAUGCUCAUGUCAUAGACAUAGUGUUUGUGAGUCAAUGAUAGGACAUACAAAAGACAAAAAGAAUGGUGAAUAGGUCAUUCUGCUGUCCAUUUCCUCCCCCUGUUCAACCGAAGGGUUGAGAGCGACAGACCAAAAAUGUUUUAAUUUACCUGGUGGGAGAUGGAAUGGACAACAAACUUGAGAUGAAUAAAUGCUGUAAAAAGCAUUAACUAAUGUAAACAAAUAGGACUUUAUUGUAAAUUGUUAAAGGAGUAGUUCACCUUCAAAAUGAAAAUGCUGUCAUCAUUUACUCACCCUCUGGUCAUUUCAAACCUGUAUGACUUUCUUUCUUCUGCAGAACACAAAAGAAGAUAUUUUGAAAAAGUGUUGGUAACAGAAUAGCACAGCCCCCCAUUCACUUCUAUUGUAACCAAUGCAAGUGAAUGGGGGAUUGCUAACAACAUUCUUCUAAAUAUCUUCUGUGUUCUGCGGAAAAAAGAAAGUCAUACAGGUUUGAAAUGACCAGAGGGUGAGUAAAUGAUGACAGAAUUUUCAUUUUGAAGGUGAACUACUCCUUUAACAAACUUUCCCAACAAGUCAGAAAGAAAAAACUUGUAAAAUGACAAUCAAAUCUGAAGUGUUUUCUAUUUAGCUGUCUGACAAAUUGAGGCCUGAAUGAUCAGAAAUAUUGAUUUCAUUGUGUUAUUUAAUGGUACAAUCAAUUAUUCAUUUUUUUGUGAAAGAUUCAGAUAUCUAAAUUGUGAUGGUUUUUCAGGUGUUUAUUUUGUAUUGUCCACUUAAAUUUAAUUCGUAACGUUGUAAUAAGUUUACUGCAGAUAAUCUGUGUUGCAUAGUCACAUGCCUAGUGAAAUAAGAUAAAUGUUCAUUCUUUGGUCAUUUUCCUAUCUAGAAUAAUCUUAUAAUGAGGUGCUGGUUAGAUUGGGGUAAAGCAGUAGCUUAAUCAUUCGAUUCACUAUAGAUAACAUUUGUCAUGGUUUUAGGAAGGUUUUCCGAGAAGUCAUUUUGAACAAUUUGCCGAGUGUGUUAAGAUAUUAUGAAUGAUGUGCAUUACUCAUUUGAUCCAUAUCUAAAAAAAAGGUACUCUGGUUUUGCACCACGUAACUGAUAAAGGAUUGAGCAGCUUUCAUCAGUCAGUGGGUUAUCCCAGAAUGCCUGUUCUUGCAUUUGAAUGGCUGCGGCAGAGCACAAGUGUCUGAUGUCCUUUUUUAUGAUGCCUCUCUCUUUAAUCCCAGCUAAUGGGACAGGUGAGGUUGAUGUAAGCAGAAAGGAAAGGAUAAGCUGAUCUACCAAGUCCAUUCACCUGCAGUGAUUGUCAUUGCAAUUUCAUUCAUGAAAUGUUCAAUAAAACUGUAAUUUUCUCUAAGA